CCUACAUUUGCCUGCCCGAGUUCGUCAACCUGGGUCCACCGUCGCUCGGAAUGGAACAAAACAAAACCUUCUUCGGACGUUUCUUCCUCUCCUAUACGAUGUGGUGUUUACUACAAAUGCACAUGAUCAGCGAGCGUAUGCCACUGUUAUCUCUUACCAAGUUACAGCUCGUCGCCAGCGCGGUAAGUGUUGCCAUUCUGUCAACGGGUGUCGAACUGCUAUAUGCGUGGUGGAUAGGAUUCCCCGUACCUUACACGAUCCACAUGAUGGCUGUGCCGUACGUGUCGCUCAUGUUCUUCGCGUUGGCCAUUGUUUGGUAUCCGCACGUGCGUCAGAACUUGAAACUCUUGUGGAAGAUUGCUGACGCCAUUUUGAUUUGCGUUUGCCAUGGGCUCGUCAUCAUAGGCUACCCGAUCUUCUACUAUGCAUUUCAGAAGAUAGACGACGAUAUUGCAAGAACAGCAUUUUCGAUGGUUCUACCGAUACUGAAGACCUUCUACAGAGGACUGUUCUACUACCUUUGUCAUUCAGCUAGUGGCCAACGAAUCGCGAUCACUGUUGUCUUCAAUGCUGACAUGGUCAACGCUCUAUUCGUAAACUUCUGUAUGCAAUACCAGCCUUCGUUCUUGACCACGGGCAGCCUCAUGGUUGCCAACGCGGUGCAAGUGAUGCUGAUGAUUCACGAUAUUGAUGUCGUUCGCAACCAAAUCGCGGAUACAGCGAAGAAGAUCGUUCAGUUGAGGAAAACUGAUAAACACGCUUCUGAGCUUCCUGGUGAUCGGAUCGCCACAUAUUACAUGCUACCUCGAGCAGCAGACAUUUUUCAUAGAUACACGUUUGAUACAAUGGAGGUCGAGAUCAUGCGUGCCGAGCAGUAUAAAGGCCCAAGUGCGACUGAUUGGAGCCAGGAGAGCGCAUUACCAGUGGUGCCAUUUAACAAUUCGGUCCCUGUGUUCAGCCCCAGAUCUAAAAGCAUGGUAGGCACGCUCUCAGAGCUCGAGCAGCUCGAGCGCAAAUACGCCAGUCUCGUCCGUAAACUCAU